AUGCAACGGUAUGCAGUACCUCUUAUAAAACGAUAUCGAAAGACUGCGGGAACUAUAAAACCUUUAUCUAAAAAUUUGCAAGAAGUUUUAUUAGAUGAGUCAAAUGAUCCUUUAGGAACAAAUAAAUCUGUUGCAUUAAGCGAAUAUUUUCUUAAUAAAAACUCUCCAAGACUGGAAUUUCAUGAACGAAGGUACCUCCUGUACUUUCUAAAUAGGCAUCGAGAAUACCCUAGUUUAAUAAAAUUUGGAAACAAAUUUCUAUUCAAUGACAAUCCCACCGAUCUAGAUAAAUUUAGAGAUAAUGUAACAAAGAAAGAGUUAUCUUGGUUUCUUCAAUCUCUGAUAAAAACAAAAAGAUUCACUCAGUUGGAUCUAGUAAUGUGCAAAAUAAUAUCUCAAUAUUCGUUGACUAGAAAAUCUACAGUACUAGCUCUUGUGGCUACAACGUUUGAAAAUUUAGUUGAAGUUUCUAAUUCAGAUCCAUCCUUACCAAAUACCGAAGCGCUCUUGAAAUGGGCCAAGUGGAUAAAGCUAAUCAACGGAAGCUGUGAACUGACGAACUACAUGAGUGCUACAGCAAUAUUACGUCCAAUUUUAGAAUAUAUUCAGGCUAUAAAAGAUACAGAAGAUCUUAUAGAUAUUCUUCAGACAAUUAAUAAGAUUCUGGGUGCUGCAACUUGUUCACAAACUGCUACUACUCUACUUUACCUAGCCCAGUAUAAUAGAGACUUUUCCAUGGUAGAGAAACUGUGGCAUUAUAAGGUCCAGAACGACUUCCCAAUCACUAGUUCAGAUCUGAGCGGGAUUAUGAGAGUAUCUAAUUAUAAUAACGAAUUUGUUCAGUUAAGGGAGCUUUACGGGAAAUACCCGCAUGCUCAUCGUGACAGUACACAAUUCGAUUAUCUCUUGCUUGCCCAUGCUAAGACUGCUAAUUGGAGAGCCUUAAAAGAACAAUUUGAGGGCUUGUUCGAAAUUGGAAGACUGCCAAAUGCAAGACACUACGAGAUUGUAAUGUACUCGAUGGCUCAUUUAGGUGAACUAGCCAACGUUGAAAAACUGUAUUCGCAGUUUUUGAGGAGAGGAAUGAUUCCUACCUACUCAAUACUGCAGUCUUUACUAUACGCUCAUUACAAGGUAAACGACUUAGCGGGUUGUUUCGAACAGUUUCAGUUAUUUGAAAGAAACUCGAUAGCACCAACGGAGGCCACUUACAGUUUAAUGUUCAAAGUUUACAAGGGAUUAAAUAAUAUCGAAGGAGCAUUGAGAUUACUGAAAAAGAUAACCGAUGAGAAGUCAGUAAAUAUUACUGAAGAACAUUUAUCGAUACUCAUAGAAAUGUGCUCUAAGUUCACCAAUCAUCUUGUAGCCAAAGAAAUAUUUCAUAUCAUGACGGACUUUUACAAAAUUAAGCCAACCUCGUUGUCUAUCUCUGCAUUAAUGAAGGUUCUUAAUGAAAGUGAAUUAUACUCCGAUGCCCUACAUCUUUUCAAAAAAUAUACAAAAAUUGAGAAAAUUGAAGAUCAAUGGAUUGUCUCAUUGUACAAUGCUGCUAUUACAGCCAAUAUGAAAAUGGGAAGAAAAGAACAAUGUGAAACGUUAUUCAAUGAAGUACUUGAAAAGAAGUAUAGAACGAAUUCUGAGUUUUAUAAAAUAUUCAUUCAGUAUAUGGUAUGCUCAAAAAAGGAUUUUGAAGGAGCUAAGAAGCUGAUACACAAGUUACUAAAUAAGCCUGACUUUAAGGCAAAUGCAUCUCAUUUCGAAUUUCUAAUACGAGAAUAUGAUAAGUCGUCCUAUUAUGACGGAGUAUUCGAGGUUUACGAGAUGAUGGCCAAAAAUAAAAUAGCGGUCAAUUCUCAAAUCCUACACUAUAUUAUAAAGGCCACUUUUAAAGUACAAAUGAAAAGGAAAGAGGAUCUCGAUAGAUCGAUAGAACUAGUGGAUGGGAUAAUGGAAAAGGCAGCAGAGGGUACACUGAAUAUGGUAGGAAAUAAAUUUCAUCCUUCCAUUAUGGCCUGGGCAAUGAGGACCGUGGCAAAAUUUUAUGAUCCAAAGAAAGCAUUGGAAAUAUUGAAUAGAUAUAAUAAUCUAUUUUAUGGAAAAGACUAUUUGUCAGUAGCCCAUAAAUUCGUUUUGAUGAGGUCUCUUUCAGUGUUGUUCGCCGAGAUUGGUGAAUGGGAGGAUUUCAACGUUCUCUUUGAUAACAUUAUCAAGCAAAUUGAGCAGUAUGAAAAAUUGCCCUCUACCACGGUACAGAAUAAAAAAUUGAGGUCUUUAUUUAUUGGAAUCUUCCCCUAUAAGAUCCAGCAUUUAAAAUUAACUAACCAGAUCCAAACAUUGCCUUCGCUUCUAAAGACAUUGGAAACCAAAGGCUUUGUCCUAGAUAAUGAAUCCUGGAAUGAAACUUUGAAAGCUUUAUUUUCAGAUGUAAAUACGAUAGAGAAAGGUCUCAAAAUUGCGAAUGAUACCAUGAUUCACGGUUAUAAUUUGAUUCAUAAGUAUAGACUGCUGAAAAGAUUGAAUGGAGAGUUGGCAACUAAGAAAAUGUCAUGGCUUUUAAAAAUGAAAAAACAAGAUCCUAGUAGUUUUCAGCCAAGUCUUUAUAUCCAUUCUAGUGUUUAUCUUCAUAUUACUAAGUCACUUGAUAUGUACCUAAAUGAGGUAGGUCAUUUAGAAGACGUAAUUAAAGUUUACAUUGAAAAGUUUCCGUAUUUCAUGAAAAGCUAUUUGAUGAGCCCACGUAUUGGCAUUACUGACUGGCAGGACAUUGAAAGGAGACAUCUAGAAUAUUUCAAAAAGAUGCGCACACAGAAACGUAUAAUUGAGGCAAGUGAAUUUUGA